AGUCUCUUCAGAAAGGCUCAGUCCCUAGUUUGAGUCAGAGCUAGGGACCAUGCCGUCCCAGGCUCAGGGAUAAAAACCAUCGGGCCCCAGUGCCAUCCAUAUUUCAUCUCCACUCUUCCCUCUACAAAUUGGGGCUCAUCCCUGCUGAAAAGCACAGUCUAAGAGCAAGGGAACCAAAAAAACCAUGCUUUCACAUGAUACCAUGGUGAAGCAGAGAAAACAGCAAGCAUCAGCCAUCAUGAAGGAAAUCCAUGGAAAUGAUGUAGAUGCCAUGCACCUGGGCAAAAAAGUCAGCAUCCCCAGAGACAUCAUGUUGGAAGAAUUAUCCCAUCUCAGUAACCGUGGCGCCAGACUAUUUAAGAUGCGACAAAGAAGAUCUGAUAAAUACACAUUUGAAAACUUCCAGUAUGAAUCUAAAGCACAAAUAAAUCACAACAUUGCCAUGCAGAAUGGGAAACUGGAUGGAAGCAACUUGGAAGGUGGCUCACAACAAGCCCCAUUUACCCCUCCCAACACUCCGGAUCCACGAAGUCCCCCAAAUCCAGAAAACAUUGCACCAGGAUAUUCUGGACCACUGAAGGAAAUUCCUCCUGAAAAGUUCAACACCACAGCUGUCCCGAAGUACUAUCAGUCGCCCUGGGAACAGGCCAUUAGUGGUGAUCCGGAGCUUUUAGAGGCUUUAUACCCUAAAUUUUUCAAGCCUGAAGGAAAGGUAGAACUGCCUGAUUACAGAAGCUUUAACAGAGUUGCCACCCCAUUUGGAGGUUUUGAAAAAGCAUCAAAAAUGGUUAAAUUCAAGGUUCCAGAUUUUGAGCUACUACUUCUAACAGAUCCCAGGUUUAUGGCUUUUGCCAAUCCUCUUUCUGGUAGACGGUCCUUUAAUAGGACUCCAAAGGGAUGGAUAUCAGAAAAUAUUCCUAUAGUGAUAACAACUGAGCCUACAGAGGAUACCACUGUACCAGAAACAGAAGACCUAUGAAAAAAAGUUGUAUGUGCCACAAAACCGUCUAAAUAUAAAUGUUGCUGUUUCAUUAUUCUACUUACUGGCAAAAUCACUUACACUCUUCAUUAGUAACAAUAAUUUAAUAGCAAUUUAGCAAUUUUCCUUUUAUUGCUUUUAAAUUAAAUAUCAGAUCAAACACUAAUAAACAAUUUGAAAUCUUGUUUUAAAAA